AGCGUAUCGUACAUUAGUAUUCAGUCGAGCCUCAACAAGCUAAUCGAGGAGAAGAAGAUAUGGCCUCUGCAAAUCUAACCAGCGUUGCAGCCAACGCCGACUGGAUUGAGCUUCUUGCUCCGGCCCCCGUGGGAGUGGCCAUCGUGAGUCAACUCUUGAUAUGCGCAUCUCGGUUGAAGAAUGAUUUCGCAUUCGUCCAGCACACCGAUGACAAAGAGCGCUUCAAUUUAAUCAAAGACCCGGACAGUUUCCGCACAACUUUGUGGCAAAUCGCCAAAGAAUCGUACGAAGCCUUCGCCAAAGCUCACAACAAUAUGGAGAACUUUCUGUUGCAGAUGGGCCAAGUCCCUGGCUACGCCAAAGAUUGCGUAAUGUACGUGAGGAGUGUAGACAGAGCAAAAUUGAAGACAUUAUUCGGCAGACGCCUGGCCAAGAUCAAAGAAGCGGCCGACGAUGGAGCCAGGCUGACAAAUCAAGUCUGCGAGGCUUUUGAUUUAUUGGAACAGCUGAUCAAUCAAGUCAUUGAAUCCUCAUCGCUAACUAUGAGUCAAAUAGAGAAAGAGAUGGUCAACGACCAAGUGACGAAGAUGGAAGCCAAAGAAAAAGAGAAACGGCUAGCCGAAUUACAGCAGCAACUCAAAACAUCGAAAGACAUUCGCUGUUGGACAGGAACUAGUUAUGGAGUUUAUGAAAAUUCAUUCGAACAUGACCGGAGCAUCAAAAAAGAAGAGCAAAUGCAGCAAGAAAUCGACCAAAUAUCGGACGAUAGCAUUCAACAUUUGGACGCCAUGCGAGUCGACACGGAUAAAACUUUAGAGCAAAAUGAAACGCUCCGAACGCUGAAAGAAAGUUUAAAUAACCUCGGUCAGUUGCUUGACAAAUGGUCGAGCAUCCAUCGCUUUUUCAAUACGAUCAGAAAUCACUUUACGGAGGUAACAUUUCCAAGACUGAAGGAUUUUUCAACUGAUGCCCAAGAAGCUGAGGAGAUGCCGUAUGAUAAUUCCGUUUUAAUAGAUGAAUUGGAAAAGUCCCUAGAAAAAUCGUUGGAAUCCUGCUACGAGACGCAUCACUCGGCCGCCAAACUCUACGUCCGAGUCUCCGACAAGCACAUCAUGAAGAGCAUCAAUCUCAUGCACUCGAUGCUUUCGAUUCCUCUCAGCGAAGUUGAGGGAGCUCAAAUCAAAUUGAUGGCAUCAUGUGAAGAAGCAACUAAAGGCGUUAAGAACAUGUACAACGAGGAGAGAGCGGAGUCAACACGAGGAAUAGAAAAGAAAAAUUCUAGCACUGGGAAAUAGUGAGCUUCUUUCCAGUUUAGUAUCGACCUGUCCUCCGGAACUGGCCAUCAACCAUCCAGACGCGUCCAACAUCAAACCUGGAACUCUUGUCAACGCAGACGAGAACAUUCACUUCUUUUUUUUUCGCUUUUUUCUAACUCACAUUACGUUUCCCAUUAAUA